GCCCUUAAUGUGCACGAAGCUCUCCGUCUGUGCACGCUUUCGUUUCUUCCAGGAGACAAAGACUUGCCACCACUCGAGCUCAGCUGUCAGACGUUCUCACGGCACAAGCAGGCGAGUUUAGUCCAGUUUCUCCAAAGGUUGGAGUCGCCACUGCUACAUCAUGUCAAACAUUGGAUUCAUUUGGCAGAGGCCCAACACUCCUACACCGUUGCUGUCUAUACUUUUACCACAAUGUGCAAAAUAUUUCAUUUUUUUUUGCCAACCUUUCUCUUUGGAAUCGGGAUUAUGUAUCGCAAUGAGUGUCCGCAGCAGCCCUACAUCCCCAUCUACCUGAUCGUGGGGGGGGUCUUUGGCUUUAUGAUGGCGGUGCUGUACUGGUUCCCCUGCACCCAGAGGGAGGAGGGUGACAGCAACCCAGACCCCCCCGGCUGCCUCUACUCCACCUGGACGUCACUGACCAAGCUCUUCCUGUUCUGCUGGUUCAUUGCUGGUAGUAUAUGGAUCUGCUCUAUUUACGAGCCCGACUUUGUCAAGAACCCAGCAAGCCCGGAGCUGUACUGCAACAAAACGCUGUACCAGUCUGCCUUGUUUUACACCAUCGUGGGCUACUCAAUCAUGUUUGUGUACCUUGUACAUUGCUUAUUACCGCUCUGCCUCAGCCUGUGGUGUCCAACAGUUAUUUACGACAACGUGUAGUGGUCAAGUUGCUCUUUUGUGUUUUAUACAUAAUGUGUUUAGAAUCAACUAAUGUUUUUUAGGUUGAAAUCGAUCACCGAACCGAAAGCUUCAGUUACUGUUGUGUAAAUCUCUUUAGGCUGUAUUCUUUUAAAAGAAACAACCAGAAUUGUGAUAGUAUUUUUUCCAACACUUAUUAAAUACUGACGAAUUUGGGAAAAAUUAUUAAAAUUACAAAAUAUGCUGAUGGGAGGA